UGCCUUAGUUUUAACCUUAAUGUCGAAUAAUUUUUUUUCUAAAAAAAAUGUCUAUUUUAUCCACUAUAUCAACGGCCCAUACAAAAAAACUAGAUCAUACGAUUAGUGAAAUUCGUCUAAGAGCUUUGGAAAAUGUAAUAUCUAAGUUUCAUCUUGGUUUUGAGUGUGAUUGCAAUGCUGUCAAAAAGGAUCUGUUUCUCAAGCUUUUUAAAUGGUUCUCUAUCGAGCCAGUUAUCGAAGAAGAAAAAGUAUUAGAUUUAUUAAUAAAACUGAUGAAGUAUGAUAGCGGCAGUUAUUUAAAUUCCUUUGGUAGAACAAGAUUUCAAAAUGAAUUACGUGAUUUAAAGGCAAAAUUAAAUUCCAAAUGGCACGGUAAAUUGAAUUUAAUGGAAAAAAUUGCCUCAAAUCCUGAGAAAUAUAUAGAAAAUUUUAUGGGAAUAUCUGCAACAGCGUACGAAACUUCUGAAAGUAAUUAUAAAAAUCAAUACCAAAAUGAGCCCAUCGAAGCAAGUACUAUCUCCACCACUAUGUCUCCAUUAAAUAGUUCCGUACCAUUCGAAUUGAGUGUGAAUAAUGGGGAAGAUCCUAUAAUAUCAAAGAGAUCAGAGAGCAGUGUGAAAUGGCUUAUAAUGCCUUGGCAAAUAUUAGCUUCGUCUGAUAAAGGUGUUCUCUCGACAUUAGAAGAUUCAUUAAAUAAUUCGAUAGAUAUUGCUGUAAAAAUGCAAAGUUGCCAAUUCAUUACAAACAUAAUGUUACAAGAUUUUCCUGCCGAAGUUUUUCUUCAGAGACCUACCACCGUUAACAUUUUAUUAAGUCUUCUACAGUCAUAUAAAAAUGAGUAUAAUUCCGAAUCAGAAAAGUUAAUUAUAACCAUAAUAAAGACCCUGUACAAACUCACACGUUCUCUUAGAUUUAGAAUCUAUUAUUAUUGUGAUCCUGGUAUAGCGCAUAAAACACAAAAGAUAUUGGCAAGAAAUCUGGAAAGCGAGGGUUGUGCGUUAUCGCAAGAGAGAGAUAGUCCGGAAGGUGAACUUCCUGAUCAAAAUUAUCAUCAAUAUCAAGCAUCUAUAAGAAGAUCAAAUAACAGAAGUCUUGGUUUAAUAGACAAUGCUGAUGAUUCAAUACUACGACUGCAGCAGAUGUAUAUACCAUAUUACUGUACAGAAACUUUAAUAAAUGUUCUUAAAUUAUUAAGCAUUCCAAAUGAUACGAAUUGUCCACUAAAAUUAGUUAGAUAUAUCGCCGAUUCAGUUUUUGAACUUAUACAGCUAUUAAUUACAAGUGUAAUGCCAACUGUUUGGUUUUGCACCGACAAUAUCGCAUUAAAAAUUCAUCAAAAUGUUAAAACUUUAUUUGAAUUGUUGAGUGAAAUUAUAGAUUAUUUUGGACAGUUUAGCAGUAUUGAUUAUUAUAGGAUUACUUAUAUGUAUUUUUUAUGGAUAUCAGUUAAAUUGAUGAGUAAUAUAAUACCGUUAGAAUUGGCUGACCAAGUGAUACCAAAGAAAAUGAAAUUGUCUAUUUGUACAGCUAUUAUGGAUGCUCCUAUUUAUUUAUUAUAUACAUCAUUGCAUAUUACAUUGCAGGAAUAUGCUAGGAAAUUUCAUGGAACACAAGAAUGCGAAGCAAUUAAAUUAUUAGAUGAAACUCGGUUAGUAACUAAAUCAAUGAAAGCUGCUAUUUCACUAAUGAAAGAUUUAAAAACAUACUCAUAUUCUGAACAAUUAAAAGCAAUUUAUUCAUCAAAGCUUAGUUUACUUUAUCAUAAAAAUUUCAUGUUAAUUAAAAAAUUUAUCGGUUUAGCACAAAAUAAGAACGAAUAUCAAUUGAACGAGGAAAAUAAAGAUAUUAUAACAAAAAUGCUACUCUCAUUAUUUGCACAUAAUGAUGAUGAUAUACAAGAAGCAACUUAUACAGAGUGUUAUACAUUAGUCAGGACAAUUUUAGAUACUGAUAAUAAUAAUAGACAUAAUUGGAAAAAUCUAAUGUUUUUAUUGGAACCUUCUGUGUUGACUGAAAUUAUUUGCCAUGGAACUACAAAUGAAAAUGGAAAGAUAAAAAGUAUGGCAGAAGAUAUAUUACUAUUUUUAUUAAAUGGUAAAGUACAAUUGACUGAAGCUGGAUGGUUACAAUUUUUAGAGGCAUUAAUUCCAGCUUUGCCUCUACUACAAUGUCUUGCUCAUCCUGCAUCUUCUUUAGGAAAAUGUAUUACAAAAAUGUUAGAUCCCGAUGUUUACUCUAACAUAAAUAUUCCAUUUAUAGAGGUUUUAAAAGGUAAUAUUAGGCUCUUAUUCUCUCCUAUUAGUGACAUAAGAGAUGAAGCGUUAUGUCGAUUGCUUUGGCUACUUGCACAAGAACAAAAUUCAGCUCAGAAAUUGCCUCGCUUAACGUCACUACAUGGUCUUCCACUUGGCUCCGUUUGUGUAUUCGAUAAGCAAACAUCUGCUAAGCGAUCUGAAGGGAAUUAUCAGAAAAGUGCUUUGAUAUCUGUACUUGAAAUGUUACAAUCAGCAAGUAUUGAUCCAAAAAUGAAGAAAUCGGCAUUGGUGCAAGUUAGUGUAAUGUUAUCUGAUUCGUCAUUACAUAAAUUAUUUAUUUCAGAAAAUGGUUUGGAAUUAAUAUUGGAUAUUUUUUCAAAAGCUUUGAUUGAAAAAGACUUUGUCAAUUAUCCAGAUUCCGUGAUACCGAUUAUAACAAUUUUGAAACUACUUGCAUCUUCUGAGUAUUCAAUAAGGAUUGACUUAUCAAAUCGAUUAGAUGUUUAUUAUAAUAUACUGAGAAGUCUGUUUCUUUAUCCCAAUAAUGAAUGCGUAAAGAUCGAUGCUGCACAUCUCUUUAUUCUAUUACUUUAUAACGGAUAUAUUAUGAAACUUACAGAAAGAAGCACGGAUAAUCCGUACAAUAUUUCUUUACCAUAUUUAAUAACAAUUAAUAUGAGGCUUCCAUUUACCUGCAAGGCGCAUUGGAAAACAAGUUUGAAUAGCCGAUCAGAUGUUUCAAUUUUACAUAGAAGCAAUCCAAUUGUUAUAACCUUUAUUAGACAGUAUUGGGCCUGGGAAUGGAACGGUGGGCAGAAGAUAUUGUGGAAAAAAUGGAAAGAUAUCAAUGAUCCUAUGAUUAAUGAGAACUUGAUGAUCAGAGAGACUGAAUUUGCUUGCAUUACUUACACUUCGCUCCAUUAUUGUUCACAACAACAGAUCUUUAACAUUCAAAAUUCUAUUACUCAUAGUGCAGUAACAUGUGCAAUAGAUUACCUAGUAAUCUAUUUGAAGUUAUGUAAUUUACUCAGCAACGAACAUUUAAAAAGAAUUCUACAACUUCCAUGGGCAAAUACUUUUGAGCGUUUUUUGCAGUCUUCCCCAACCAAUAAAGAAGAUCAUGAAUUAUUUGUCAAUGUUCUUAAUUUUCUUCAUUUUUAUGUUAAGUUAGCGAAUACUGAAAGCAUCUGGCUUUGUAAGACUGUGAAAAAUAUGAUGAAAUCGUUAGGGGAAUGGUUACAUAUAUCCGAAGAGGGUAGCGAUGAUAUUCAUCAAUCUGUAUUUAAACUUGCACGUGCAUGCUCAAUGAUCGAUGAGCCAGAAAAUGAUGAAACAAAAUCUUCUUGGAUCAGUUUUGUUGAAUUUGCAGUUUCUAACUUAUUCUACGGGGAAUAUUAUAAUCUAGCAUUUUUGGAUUGGGUAUUAUCAACGCUAACUCAUGUAAUUGGAAAAUGUCAAUGGAAAAAUAAUGACGAUACACUUAUAUCCAUUGGAAAUGCUUUGAUUGAGCUCAUCUUAUCGUUUCAUCGGGAAGGGACGAUUAGUUUUAUGGGCUUAACGAUCACUAGAGAUUGUAUAAUAUGUUUAAAUCAUAUAUUACAUCAAAUGCAAAUACACUUAAGCAAAAAUUUGUGGAUGAAAUUUUGGUACGACGAAGGUCAGCUAUUGAGCUGGUUACCAGCGCUGUGGAGAAGUCGUGAUCCACUGGUGCGUGCCUCGGCAUUGCAAUUAUUAGCAAAUUUGACUUGUGGACCUCACACAGCGGUACAACUACUAAAUGGAAUUGAUUUAUGUCCAAGCGAAUUAUGUCAUUCGUUACUUUAUUUUAUAACCGCCCAGGAGGAAUCGUGCAUUGUCAAAGAGGAGGCUUGCCUAGCAAUGAGCAAUCUAGUUAAAAAUUGCAAUACAAUAAUCUUUCAAUACGUUGAUGCACUAAAACCUAGAGCAAUAUUAUCAUAUGUUAAAGAACAUAAUGUUUACCAUGAAAUUGCUAUUAUGUGCUCUAAUUGUUAUAUGCAAGCAACUUUAGAUCCCGAUCUUUCUGAAAGUUCAGAAUCCGAAGGAAUCCAAACACAAUCAGUAACAAGUAGCCGUACAAUUACAUCUAUUUCUAUGGUGCCAAAGACCAUUUAUUAUUUAUAUAAUUGUGGCGAUGAUUUUCAAAGAUGUUCUGCCAGAAAUUCUGAUAUGACCGAUAACGAAGACCAUAUGCAAUUUAUAAGUACUCCGACCUUAAUUUCAGCUUUAUGCUCAUUAAUGAAUAAUUUAAUUGAAAUUGGGGAACAAGAAGUUAUACACGAAAUGUUUGAACAUUCACUACAUAAAUAUAUAAUUGGCUGUUUCUGUGAAAUUCCUAAAACAAUCGCUGGAGAAUGUAAUUUAGAACAUUAUAGCAAUGUAUUAGAGAUGUAUGCCAAUUUAUGCACUGUACUUUCAAAUUGCAUUAUUCAUAGUCCUGAUUUUGCAUCGAUAGUUACUUUUUCCUCUGACUUUAUUUGUCAUUUAUUUAGAAUGAUAAACAAGGAUUUAUAUUUUAUCAACGCGCCUAGAUUACUUUAUUUGCGCAAUCGUUUAUGUACUGAAAUCUUUAAUUUUUUGGUAUCGUUGUCCAUAACUGAGAAUCAACAUUUUGAGCCAAUGCAAGCAGCCUUGGAAACAUGUCAGACUGAAUUUUUCAUUAAAACAAUUUUCAGCAUUGUAAAGAGUUCGAAUUCUGACUUUGGAAUGAGUGCUCUUAAUUUUCUGGCAUUACUCUUAUCUCAAGAAAUGCAAAAAGAAUGCGAAGAUAAUAAAACUACAUUAUUGAAAUGCGUAUUAGAUACGAAACAAAUGGUUGAAUCAGAUGAAUAUUGGAACGACGAUUUUCGAAUAAAUUCAUUGAAAAAUGUAAGCGGUGCGAAAUCGAUCGAAAAACCUACAAAUCUAAACAAAAAUGUUGCUACAAGUGAUGAACUGUAUAUUGGAUUUGACAUGUCUAAAGUAUUAAUAAAUCUAUUUAUAGCCCAUGCCUAUGCUAAAUCUUCGAAAAAAUGUAAGCAAUCAAAUGACAAAGAUGUUAUAACGAUCGCACUUACAAAUUUACUCUGCAUAUCGACGGAAGCAAAAAAAUGUGCAAUCUUAGAAAAAUUUCCAACUACGUGUUUGUUACUUUUAAAAGAAUUGUACAUUAAAGUUAAUGCAAUUCCAAUUCAAACGUAUAAAUCUCAAAGUAGUCGAAAGACUCAUCCAUUGUUGCAAGAGCUGGACUCGAUUUACAUAUUAAUAAUGAAUUUUUUAUAUGAUUGUAAUGAAACAAAGCAAAUUUUUGCUAAAGAGGGAUUGGCUGAUAUCAUUCAUAAGUUAUGGGUCCAUACAUCUAUGAGUAAAAAAGUCUUGAUCACUAGUUUAAAAUUAAUAUCAACAUUUACUUCUCAUUGUUUAGAAGCGUCACAUUCUUUGUCUCUGACAACCGUAACACCAGGAGUGGGUCUUAGAAAAACACCGAAUUCCAUUGCCCUGAUACACGUUAUUGUGCAAUUAGUCAUGAAAGAGAUUGAUACGAUCAGUCGCGGGGGUGAUUGUCAAAAAUUGAAUUUCUCAUUUCACAUACUACGUAAUGCUAUACAUAAUCACGAGUGUCGUGUUGUGAUCUCGAAGAGUAAUCUUUUGCAAUUUUUUACGAAAAUUCAUCCUUCUACGACAAAGAGAACAAAACUUUGGCAGAUAGUAGAAAUUUAUUGCUUGGAAUUUUUGAUAGACUUUACUUUUUAUGAUGAAGGACAAUUGUCUGUCUCUAAGGCUACAGACAGUUUAGAAGUGCUUAUAAAUUUAGCUAGACUAUCAUCCGGCACAACAAGGCUUUUCGCUACCUCAGUUUUACGAAAUUUAGCAUUUAACGGAGCUAAUCGACCUAGACUAUUAGGCUCUGCUGAUUUUCUAAAUAUGAUGCUGACAUCGCUAAAAGAAGGCUCCAUUACCGAUAUUGAAGUGGUUGGCUCAACGCUCUGGUCUUUAAUUGGUAACAAUCAGAAAGGAAAAUUAAUUGCUCGCACUGCUGGAUUUCCACAUUACCUUCAAGCCGCUAUCAGUAGGAUAACUUUGCAAUUGCCGUCGGGUGAUGGGAUGCAAGAGGGCGAUUUAGUCAAAAUGUUGGAAUAUUUACUACAAAUUAUUGCGCCUCGAUGAGUUCUGAGGUCAUUAUUGAAUUCUUCUCGAUUCGUUUAUUCGUGUCGGGAAAUGCUGCGAUGCGCUCGCUUUUUGUAAUUUGAAUCCGUUAAAUUGUAAUAAACUGUACUUGUAGAUAUAUAGGACAUUAUAUAAUUUUUGUACAUGAUUAUACGAAAUA